AUGAUCAACACCAAAUUCAGCAGCAACAACCCUGAGGGCGGUUUCGGUGACCAAGAUCCUCGCCCGAAAAAGACGCAUCACCGCCACACUCAACAUCAGAUCCAAGAAAUGGAAGCUUUAUUCAAGGAGUGUCCCUGCCCAAAACCCAAGCAGAGGAAGGAACUAAGCCGGGAAUUAGGUUUGGAACCAUUCCAAGUGAAAUGGUGGUUUCAAAAUAAGCGCAACCAUAUGAAGGUAUAUGAUACUCAGCUAGAGAACACACAACUUCGUAAUGAAAAUGAAAAGCUUCGUGCCGAUAACAUGAGGUACAGAGAAGCCCUAGGCAGUGCCUCUUGCCCCAAUUGCGGUGGCCCGACAGCUAUCGGAGAGAUGAUAAUCGAGAAUGCAGUGGCAGCCAUGGAAGAGCUAAUCAGAAUGGCUCAAAUGGGUGAACCCUUGUGGAUGACCAGCCUUGAUGGCAACACCACUGUGUUCAAUGAAGACGAGUACAUCAGAACAUUCCCUCGUGUUGCUCCAAAACCAAACAAUCAUUUCAAAUGUGAAGCUUCGGGCGAGAGCGCUGUUUUUGUCAUGAACCACAUCAACCUUGUUGAGAUUCUCAUGGAUGUGAAUCAAUGGUCGACUGUGUUUUCUGGGAUUGUGUCGAGAGCUAUGACUCUGGAAGUGCUAUCAACUGGAGUGGCUGGAAAUUACAAUGGAGCCUUGCAAGUGAUGACUGCAGAAUUUCAAGUACCCUCAUCGCUUGUUCCAACUCGUGAGAGUUAUUAUGUGAGGUACUGCAAACAGCAUGCUGAUGGCACUUGGGCUGUGGUUGAUGACUCCUUGGACACUCUGCACCUUAAUCCUGCACCAAGGUCAUGCCAAAGAAGACCCUCUGGAUGUCUCAUCCAAGAAAUGCCAAAUGGAUACUCAAAGGUUACAUGGGUUGAGCAUGUCGAUGUGGAUGAACGUGGUGUUCACAAUCUGUACAAGCAGCUGGUUAACUCUGGCAACACAUUUGGGGUGAGACGAUGGGUCGCUACCUUGGACCGUCAAUGUGAACGUCUUGCCAGUUCCCUGGCAUCAAACAUCCCUACUGGUGAUGUUGGUGUGAUUACAAAUCAAGAAGGCAGAAAAAGUCUGUGAAAAUUGGCUGAAAGGAUGGUCAUAAGCUUCUGUGCUGGAGUAAGCGCUUCAACCACUCACACAUGGACAACACUGUCUGGGACAGGGGCUGAUGAUGUUCAAGUGAUGACCCGAAACAGCGUGGAUGAUCCUGGCAGGCCUCCCGGUAUUGUGCUCAGCGUCGCCACAUCUUUCUGGCUUCCAGUUCCUCCCAAAAGGGUAUUUGAAUUCCUCCGUGAUGAGAACUCUCGUAAUGAGUGGGACAUUUUUUCCAAUGGUGGAAUUGUUCAAGAAAUGGCACACAUUGCUAAUGGUAGCGACACUGGAAAUUGCGUGUCUCUACUGCGAGUAAAUAGUGCGAAUUCAAGCCAAAGCAACAUGCUGAUAUUGCAAGAGAGCUGCACAGACAAAACAACUUCUUUUGUGAUUUAUGCUCCAGUGGACAUUGUUGCCAUGAAUGUGGUACUAAUUGGGAGUGACCCUGACUAUGUUGCUCUUCUUCCUUCUGGCUUUGCCAUCCUUCCAGAUGGAGGAGGCAUGGGGGAUUCUGGCUCUGGUGGUUCCCUUCUCACUGUUGCCUUUCAAAUUCUGGUUGAUUCUGGCCUGACCGCCAAGCUCUCUCUCGGGUCGGUGGCAACAGUUACCAAUCUGAUUGCUUGCAAUGUUGAGAGGAUCAAAGCUGCAUUGUCUUCCUUGUUUCAAAAUUUGGUCGUUUGGUUCUUGUGA